AUGGCUCGCAGGCGACGGACGGUGCUCAAGCUGAUGGGGGAGGGCUGCACAGGGGCUAACGGCGGCGACGGUGGAGAGGGCGACAACAAGACCACCGGGUGGGACCAAAAGGGGGAUCGCGGUGGCGGCGGCGGCAAGAGCCGGGAGGGAGAGUGGAAGGGGGAGGGAAGCCAGUUCCGAGAGAUCAACAAGAAGAUCCGGGCCCUCAUGAACGACCACGACAACAGGGCCGGCGGCGGCAACAACAGCAGCACCGGCGCCGCCGGGGACAACAGCAAGCCGACCAGGUUGUACUCGGAGCGGCAGCCCGCCCAAAAGCUCAAGAUAACCCCCCGGGAUCCGAGGGGGAUCAGCAUCGUCGGGGGGAGAGGGCUCGGGAAGUUUCCCGAAAAGAACGGCGGCGGUGGCGAUAACGGGACGGGGGCGAGGCGUUUUUCUACGAAGGUCGUGCCCAUCUCGGAGAUUCCACCUACCCGCUCGUGCGUCUCGCAGCAGGAGAGCGAGGGCGGCGGCGGCGGUAGCAGCGUUAACGAGACCUCCCAAAACGUCAGCACCGCCAGCACCAUCAGCAGCAGGAGCAGCGGCAGCAUGAGCCCCGAAGACGGACGGUGGACGGUUAUCACCGGUGUCGGCGCGAGAGGAAGUAGCGGCGGCAGCAGCGGCAGAUCAAAACCUCCCAUGCCGAGCGGACCCCCUCCCACCAACGUCCGCGGGGUUCGCACCGCCAAGCUUGUCGGCGGCGGCGGCGGCGGCGGCGGCGGCGGCGGUACCGGCGACCACGGGACCCUCUCCGACACCGCGAGCUCCGACGAGAAGGACAACGUGAGAGGACACUGGAAAUCGCGCAGCAGGGUCGUCGCGCGGAGGGCGGGGAACGAGGCCAGUCGGGGCAGCGGUGCGAGGAGAUCGAAGCAGCACCGAUAUAGCGCGGGUGGCAACGGUGGCGGCGAUGGCGGCGGUAGGCAUGGUAGUUUUUCCCACCGCGGGGCGCGGAAGGGUGCCGGGGCGGCAGGAGGGCGGCGAGACCGGAACGAUUUCGAGAGUCUGGACGAUGUGUCCUCGUCGGAGGAGAGGCCUUGCAACGCUAAGUAA